CCGGCCGACUGGUUGGCGGGUGCUCGGUAAAAGCGUCGCCGGAGUAUGCGGCGCGCAGUCGCCGAGCUACAGGAGUCCUGACCGCACGCGCCAUGCUGCUGCCCCUGGCCCUGUCGAUCCUCGCGGCCGCCGCCGCCGCGCCCGCCACCUACGACGAGCGGCAGGACGGCGAGUUCAACGUGCGCGCCGACGUCCAGAAUGUGGUGCUGCUGGUCGCGCUGCCGCAGAAGACGCCGUUUCCCUCCAGCAUCCUCGACGGCUGGCUGAAGAGCGCCAAGCCGGCGCGCGAGGCGGAGGUGCAGGAGCGCGCCGACGUGCACGUGAUGGAGGCGUUCGUGGAGCCCAGCACGCCCUACCACGUGGAGAUCGGCGCGGAGAGCGGGCGCGCCGUGGAGGUGGUGAUCGCGGGCCGGCGGCGGCCCGGGCCCGGCCCGGCGGCCGAGGACGACGAGAUGAAGCUGCUGGGCGCCACGGAGCAGUGCGGCCCGGACCGCGAGCGCGACCCGGUCACGCUGGUGUGCCGCGCGCGCGCCUCGCCCGCCCAGGACGCCGACUCCGAAGCGCAGACCGAACCGGAACAACCCGCCGCAACGCCCGAAGUCGUCCCAGCCUCAUCGUAACUCCUGAUCUCUACGUUUAGUUCUAGUUAAUUUAUUCCCAUAUCCAUGCCAUCGUAACUUAUAUUGUACAUUAUUUUAGUAAGUAAAAAUACUAUAAUAUUUCA